AUGCAUCUCGCUGCUUGUAGCGGGCACCUGGAGCUUUUGCAGUACUUGGAGAGAAAAGGAAUUGGCCUGAAUGAAAGAAAUAAUGAUGGGAAUAGACCGAUACAUCUUGCUUGCUGCAGUGGACAUUUGCCGAUUUUAAGGUAUUUGGAGAGGAAAGGGUUUGAUGUCAGUGUAAAGAACAACAUUGGGAAUACACCGAUGCAUCUCGCCUGUUCUAGUGGACAUUUACCAAUUUUGAGGUACUUGGAAAGGAAAGGAUAUGAUGUCAAUGAAAAGAACAAGAUAGGGGUUAUGAAAGCAGAAGUUUCUUCGUUUUUAAAAAGCCUUGAUUUGCGAGAAGAUUUCUUAAAACAAGCUCAAAUUAAAAUUUUAACUUACUUUGUUGAAAUUCAUAUUGAAGAUGCAAAUUUGUUGAAAACUUGUCAGUUAAAACCAAACGUUGACCAUUUGUAUGACUUUCAUAUAAUUUCAACUGCAUCAAAUCAAGAUGUCCUAGCUUUUUUUGUGAAUACGCCCUUGCACCUCGCUUCAUGUAGCGGACACUUGGAGGUUUUGAAAUAUUUAGAAAGUAAAGGAAUCGGUCUUAAUGAAAGGAAUGAUGAUGGGAAUACACCGUUAUUCCUUGCUUGUGUUAACGGACAUUUGGAGGUUUUGAAAUAUUUCGAGAGUAAAGGAAUGUGCAUAAAUGACAAGAAUUAUGAAGGAGUGACCCCGUUGUUUUUUGCUUCUCGCAAUGGGCAUUUAGAGGUUUUAGCGUAUUUGGAGGAGAAGGGAGUCUGCCUUGAUGAAAAGAAUAAUUACGGGAUGAGACCAUCACAUUACGCUGCGUCUGAAGGACAAAUAGAGGUUUUGAAGUACUUGGAAAACAAAGGAAUCGACCUCAAUGAAAAGGAUAACAACGGAGUCAGGCUUUCUUAUCAGCCACUCUCAAGUUUAAAACUAUUGAAUUUUUGCAUGGCAAGUGUACUGUCACGAUGCAGAUAG